CAGAGCGUGCGUAUCCACAUGCUACAAACAUUUCUAGUAAUUUUCUUGGCAACGUAGCUUGAAAGAAAAGAUUUGGGGUUUCGGCCUUUAGUGUGAUUCGGUGUUCUUCUGGUCUCGGGCCGCUCUCCAGACCAUAAAUCCGUAGCGCGGAGUUGUGAUAUCAGUUUUUCCAUCGCUUUCCUCCCUUGGAACAAACAGUGUUUUCAGGAAAUAAGAUUAAAACCGUGGCUUUCCAUUCUCCGCAUUCAUAUUUUGUUUUUCAAUAUCUAAUAUUCCACUAUGAAAUUAUGUGCACUUGGCUAAUCCCGGCUUGUACAGACUUCGUCACUAUUGACGCUACGUUGCUCAGUAUCGUCCAGUCUUGUGCGUAAAAUCAAUUUAUAGAUACUUGCGUGUAUAUGUUCAAAGAUCUCGGAAGUAAAUCAGGGGACGUAAAGUGCGAAGAAGGAUAUUUCGGGCGUGUGUACGAAUGAUUCUGCCAUUUAGGGAAAAACAAAUCAAGUGGCACAUUUGCGGUGCUUGAUGCGAUAAAAAUCUUGGAGAGGUUUCAGACUUGAGUCUGACAAAUUUCAAACGAAAGAAAAUAAAAGUUGGAAUCUCGUUACAAAAAUAUUCGAAAUCUUUGUAAACUACUGCGGGUUGCUGUCAUGUGUCCACCCCAUGGCAUAGCUCUCCGAUGUUGCCUCCUUAGGCCGAACAAUUCUGUUUUUAAAUACUUUGGGGGAUGUUACCUGCUGUUUGUUCAUACGAUUCGUAACUACGAAUGCUGGAAUUUCCUUUAGACUUUCUGUGUGCGGUCAUAAUCGACGACGAACGUUGCCUGCGGACUGUGAUUUUCCGUGUCAAUAGCCAUCCAUCAUCGUGUCGCGGAUUUUUCUAAUUACGUUUGUAGUAAAGUGAUGGUGCUUUUUGAAUAUCGAUCAGUGAGAAAAUAGAAAUGCAUGCAAAGUCAUAGUUUGCUCGAAGAUUAAAUUCCAAAGUGUUUCCUCGGAAAAGUCGGCAAGUGCCACAGAAGUGGGCAGUAGUUUGGGAGCAUGAGAAAAAGCCAUAAUUUUGCUAGCUUGCUCGUGCCGGUGUAAAGUGCAUCCACUGUGAUUUAGGAUUUAUUUACGGAAUAUUACAGAAGAUAUGAUAAAGGCGUUCCUUCAAUACAGCUAGAACAUGGAGGGGACUGUUUUGCGUUUUCAUACGGCACAAUGAUUUUCCAUUCAAAAGGUAGUCAUCGAUUUCAUCAUCAUCUUCAUCAGCUACAACAAGAAAAACGAGAACAUCAACGAAUAGUAUGACAAUACUUCGAAUAUAUUAUAGAUAAAACAUGCAAAAAUCCGAAAAGCAUGGAUGCAUACAGGAAAUCGGAGCUUUGAUAAACGCCCGCUAGUGGAAGAUACGUGUAUCGAAAAUAUGCAAAUAUGGCAAAGUUUAGAUAAGGCUAGAAUAUAGUCACUGACUGACUUAAAAGGAAUAUUUUAAAGUAUUUUGAUCUUUGCUGUUUAAUAAUUGUUUUCACUCUCAGCUGAAAAUAGCUUCGGUAGAAAGUGAAAAAUUCUCAACGAAAAUAACAAGUCGAAAUAUGGGCGAACGUGAAAAUUCAUCAAUGAGUGGAGCACAGAGUGUAGUAGCUAGUACAGUAACCAUUUGUAAUGGUAUAGCGAAUAGUAGCAUUGGGGGUACAUCAGUCAAUCAGAUGCAUUCCGGUUCACCAGCAUCCAUUCUUCCACAAGCCAGCUGCGUUUCAGUUAACAUGAAUGGCGGAAUAUGUGGGCCUAGCGGUGGUGGAAUAGGAGGAACAACGGGCAGCUCUAUCCGGGCUCCUGUAGCAAAUGGAUGUAUUGGUAGUGUAACCAUCAGCGGUGGCCCUACUCCAGCUAAUUCAACCAGUGGAGGAAAUGCUAAGGGCAAAGGACCGAUACGAGUAGGCUUUUAUGAUAUCGAGCGGACAAUUGGAAAAGGAAAUUUUGCUGUAGUGAAACUUGCACGACAUAGGAUUACGAAAAACGAGGUGGCUAUAAAAAUCAUUGAUAAAUCUCAACUAGACGCUGGAAAUCUUAAAAAAGUUUAUCGGGAAGUUGAUAUUAUGAAAAGGCUUGAUCAUCCACACAUCAUAAAAUUAUAUCAGGUUAUGGAAACGAAAAAUAUGAUUUAUAUAGUUUCUGAAUAUGCUAGUCAAGGAGAAAUUUUUGAUUUCAUUGCCAAGUACGGUCGCAUGCCUGAGCGGGAUGCCCGUUUUAAAUUUUGGCAAAUUUUAUCGGCUGUGGAAUAUUGUCAUAAUCGUGGUAUUGUUCACCGUGAUUUAAAAGCAGAAAACCUACUCUUAGACUCUAAUAUGAAUAUCAAAAUAGCAGAUUUUGGAUUUUCGAAUAUGUACAAGCGUGGGGAACUGCUUGCCACAUGGUGUGGUUCCCCGCCGUACGCUGCACCAGAAGUUUUCGAAGGCAAGAAGUAUACAGGUCCGGAAAUUGACGUUUGGUCUCUUGGUGUUGUGUUGUACGUGCUGGUCUGUGGCGCUCUGCCUUUCGAUGGUUCGACAUUACAAUCGUUGCGUGAUCGAGUUCUGUCUGGACGAUUUCGGAUUCCAUUCUUUAUGUCCUCAGAUUGCGAGAAUUUAAUUAGAAAAAUGCUGGUGCUAGAUCCUACAAGACGUUAUACAAUUGAUCAGAUUAAGCGACACCGAUGGAUGUUAGCCGAAGUGAUGGAGCCACCCGUUCUGUCAGAGAUACCCACAACUAACCCUGGAGGAACAUCUGCUGUAGAACCGAAUGAAGAAAUCUUACGGAUAAUGGCGGAGUUUGUUGGCAUUCCGCCACAUAAAACGCGCGAGAGUUUAAAACGGAACAGUUACGACCAUAUCGCUGCCAUUUACCUUUUAUUGCACGACCGGGUCAGAACGCGCUCGCUUUCUCAGGAUAGUACUGGCAUGAACCCAAUGGGUGGAGGUUCGGCAAAGCAUUCUUCACUGGAGUCCCAACGAAGACGACCAAGUACGAUCGCAGAGCAAGCUAUGAGGAAGCUAGGCAUUUGCAACACUGCUCCCAAUUCAAACCAUUGUCGUGAUACUCCGGUGUCCCCUCGACAUCAUACAUCUAUCAAUGUAUCUGAUCGGUUAUCGGGCGGAAGCGUAAUGAUUCCUAAUUUCGAUCAUAAUCCCCUCACUACACCUUUACCAUCAAUGCUCCAACUACGUGAUACGAAUAUCAGAGGAGACAAUGCAACUCCUGCGAUGUUGCCAUUGCAACGGGAGACCAACUGUGGAGGUGUAGGUGGUAGCAGCAGCUGCAAUAGUAACAAUCAAUAUUUUCGUGGUUCCUUAAUGUACAAUACAUGCAACACCAAUUUAAUAACAACAUCAAACAAUAAUAAUAGCAUUAACUGUAAUACUAGUCAUAGCAGUAAUAGUAAUAAAAAUCCUUCACCGUCAUCGUAUUUUUCACGAGGAGUGGGCGGGAUUGGGGAGCGAGAGUCAUGUAAUUCGCCAUAUUCAGUUACAAUUCGUGAUAGUAGCAUAUACAUGUCGAAUCGAGUGCCUUCGAGCCGACUUUUAUCCAGUGGAUUAGACCAACGAAUAUUAAAGCAGAGUUCUGAAGAUUGCCGAAGAUUGUUACAGCAGGCAACUGCAAUUAGCGACCCGAAACGACAUAUAACAAAUUCUGUGAACCCUAUGGAAAUAAGCUCUACGCCUCCAUCAAACCAUCCACCGCGUAUUUUAACAUCAUCAAAUAGUUUUGAUUCAAAAUCGAAUUUACCUAAUAAUUAUUCACCGAGUAAUUUUCAAAUGUCGGUGGAAGCAUCGAAGCUACUCUACACGCUACAACAGAGCCCGCUACCGCUGGUCACAGCCGAUGGAAGGACAACGGAUACGAUGCGCUACACAUCUCAAUUCAAUCAAAGUCAUAACGUCUACGGAAUGCAAAAUGAUGCGAGGCAUUGUGAUGCGAUUGGCUGUGGAAAAGAAAGAGAAAAGUUCCAAAACUUUGGGGAUCUUUCGGGAACAUCAUCGAACACACCCACCGCUGCUUACAAGGAGCAUUUGAGCAAUAAUUUGCCAGGCUAUUCCUAUUUACCAAACUAUGAGACUGACGGGCCUGCCUCAUUGAAUCCAAGAUAUACGCCAAUCACUCAACAAUAUAGUUCCAGUACGGACGAGGGUUGCGACACGGAUCACGGAGAAAUGGAUGAAGCACCUCCCACAGUUCCGGCGCCAAUGCAACGUCUCAAUUCGUAUGCAAGCAGUAGCUCAUCGAGUGGUGUGGUGACAAAUUUUCAUUCGAAGAGUCUAAGCCAGAAUUUGAGCUGUGAAUCGUCUAGAAGUAAUUUUUCAACGUUUGAAAGUUUAGAUUUGAAUCUCUCAGACUGUAGCAGCGAUUUAGCAGGCAGUCUUCCAUCCUGUGCAACAAGUGUUACAGCGGCCACCGAAACGGACUCCUCUAUAAUGAUUAGUUCGUCUGCACUGCCACCUUGCGUUUACGUUUCAAUGUCGACGAAGUCACCUUGCUCUUUUUCACGACAUAAUCCUCUAGGAAAUCAUCAUCAACAUAGCACAAAACGAUGCAGAGCUGUAACGAGAUCGCCUGUGGAUUUUCGGGAAGGCCGUAGAGCCAGUGACGGUCUUGUGGCACAAGGUAUUCUACAUUCACAUUCAGAGCAUCCGUUGAACAUGGGUGUUGCAUUUAAUAGCCAACGCCUACAUGAAGCAUGCAAGGCUAAAGGAGUACUUGAAUUGCAUGUCCUCCAAAAGGAGGCGGCACAACUGAAAACUCAAUAUCAAUCAAAUGUUCCACCCGAUGAAAUGACGGUUCGUCAAAUUCAACACAGUCAAUUUCACGUGAAUCCGAAUAAACCCAAUGUGGAUUUCAACAUGUUAUUUCACACUCUCAAACAGGCUGAUUAUCUUACAGCUAAGCCCAAUGAUAUGUCUAAUUUUAUUAACUACAUGAAGUCGGACGCUAACAAACAUGAUCGAGAUUAUAAAGAGUCGAGUGCUACCAGCGGGGCCCAGAAGCCGCCUCUCCAGCAGCAGUUGAUGCAACAUCGACUGCUUCAACAGAAACGGCAAAUCUUCCAGAAGCAAGUAGGGCAUGAAUCGAGCCUGAGUCGUCGUCAAAUGCUACGACAACAAAGCUACAAGAUUGCUCAGCAAACGCAAAUCUUGCCACCUUUACCGCUUAGCGAGAGUGAGUCGGAGGAUUUGCUGGCAUUCCAAGCUAUUGUCGAGGGCGAAUCAUCCAAUUCCCUUGACUCUAAUAGUUCGGCACAUGCUUCACCCACCUCUUCACAAAGUGGUUCACCAAAAAUUAUGAAAACUUCGCAUAUUCAACAGCAGUCGCCUACACCACCAUCUACAUCACUGCAGCAGUCCUUAUCGCAUGCAGGGUCUCUGUCGUCAGUUUCAUCUUCAUCAACACUUUUAGGACAAUCAGCGUCUAGCAGUGGCGAUUGUUGGAGCACUCUCUCGGGUUCAAUGCAAACUUGUCAAAUAAGCGAUGGGGUUGCGCCAUUAAGUAGUUGGACUUCGCAUACAUCGUCACCAUUUCAGACUGCAGCAACUUUAUAUACACCAUCUUGGUCGCAUACGACACAUCCUUUGUCACCGCCAAUGCAACCUCUUAGCGAAAGUCCUAUACUAGAACUCACCGAGCAAAUGGAGUCAAUAUAAAGCCAGAAAGCAUAGACACGUAAUAAAUAAUUUUUCUAAACAUGAAGCAUUACCACAAUUCAAUUGAACAACAAUGUAAUGGAUUCUGGAUGCAGAUACAUUAAGACAGCACCAUAAGCAAAUUAGUUUUCACUUGUUUAUCCAUGUCAUCUUUGAAUAUUCCAAGGGCUGAAAACCAACAACAAUAAAUACUAGAAUUUAGGCAGAAUCAAAUGUUCGACUGAAAAGACGUAAUACUGAAGAAUACAUGUUAAACAUACAGUUAAUGAUUUUUUAUACGAAGCGAAGAAAGACUCGAGCAAAUGUAAGAAUAUCGAGACAAUUUUUCAAGUCUUAUACCGAAAACACACUUAAAUAUAAAAGCAACAAAUGUAAGACUGUUGUUUAUGUCAAUUUUAAACAUAAAGUUAUCUAGUAUCGGAGAAACACCCAAUCGAACCGAAUGAUAUUACACUUAUUCUUAAAAACUUUUUAAUUCUAAAGUUGCACAUGAAAUAUUAUAAACACCACCUUUUCAAGAAUCAACAUGGCUGCUCAAAUCUCCUAAUCACUAAGGUAAAUUUCACUUGCUCAGCAGUCAGCAACAAUUUAAAUUCUGUUUAAAUCGUUUAGUUAUUUCAUUUCUUAUAUUAUUUAUAGGCCGAAGUAAUUUGAAGGAAAACCGCUAUGAUCUCUAUGAGUAACUUUAACAACACACUGACUUUUUUUUAAAUAUAUUAUACUUUGUGUCAAAUUACUAAAGGACAUUACUUGAAAAUAUUUCAUACUUUGUGAAUUAAUGUUAAUGCUACUUUUCGAACACAUUGCUGUCGUCGUUGGGAACCAAAUGCUUUCGGUCCAAAUGCAACGCAUUGAAAAACAUUGACUCAAGUUUAACUUUGUAUCAUUUCUUUUGUAUUUAUACAUCUCAACAAUCACUUCAACCAAAUUUGUUCUCUCGCUUUCUAUAUAACACUUUCAAAUUUGGUGGACUUUUAUUCGUUUCAUUUCAGGUAGAAGGGUGCUUUUAGUGUAAUCAGUGUCAUUAUGCGAUUUCGAUUCAUUGAAUUUAAGGGAUAUUUGCAAGCAUUGUUAUGCCAUUACAUUCUUUUCUCAAGGGAUCCUUUUCAUAGCAACACCUGCAAUUUCAUCCUGGUUCCUGAUAUAAAUUUUCGUGUUCUCAUAGUGAGUUCUAAUAUCAACUUUUCCAUGCAGGGCCUUCUCUGUCUACUUUUGUAGCUUUUACUCUAUUCCUAGCCAUCGACUUCAUUUGCCUCCUUUGAGUUUUGCGGAUGCGAAUUACUUUCUUGCCUUUAUUUUUUAGCUUAGAAUAAAUUCGUGUUCGAGAUCAUCAUCACAUCUAAUUGUUUCAUCCUUGUGGGGGGACUUUCCGUUGCCUGUAUUGAUAUUUCCGCCCGGUUUAGAUUCACUCUUCUUUUUCUUCAGCCUUUGUCCCGUUCACAAACGGGGUCGGUUUCGCCAUUUGGCUCCAUCGAAUGCCUGAUUGGGUGCAAUCUCCAGGCUUUUAA